GACACCAUCACGCCCACCCACCCACGCACCCAGAGCUGACUGUCCAGCCCGGCCCACACAGCCUCACCCAUGGGGAACAGCAAAAGUGGAGCCCUGUCCAAGGAGAUCCUGGAGGAGCUGCAGCUGAACACCAAGUUCACGGAGGAGGAGCUGAGUAGCUGGUACCAGUCCUUCCUGAAGGAAUGCCCCAGCGGCCGCAUCACCAGGCAGGAGUUCCAGACCAUCUACUCCAAGUUCUUCCCCGAGGCCGACCCCAAGGCCUACGCCCAGCACGUGUUCCGCAGCUUCGAUGCCAACAGCGACGGCACCUUGGACUUCAAGGAGUACGUCAUCGCCCUGCACAUGACCAGCGUGGGCAAGACCAACCAGAAACUGGAGUGGGCCUUCUCCCUCUACGAUGUGGACGGCAACGGGACCAUCAGCAAGAACGAAGUGCUGGAGAUCGUCACGGCUAUUUUCAAGAUGAUCAGUCCUGAGGACGUGAAGCAUCUUCCGGAAGAUGAGAACACCCCAGAGAAGCGAGCUGAGAAGAUCUGGGGGUUCUUUGGCAAGAAGGAUGAUGAUAAACUUACAGAGAAAGAGUUCAUCGAGGGGACCCUGGCCAAUAAGGAAAUUCUGCGACUGAUCCAGUUUGAACCUCAAAAAGUGAAGGAGAAAUUGAAGGAAAAGAAACCCUGAUGUCAACUGCUCAGGUCUCCUCUCCGAUGCCCCCCAAACACAUAUGUGCACACACCCCCGGGGCUGGGAGAGCCUCCAACCCACAGCUCAUUAAACCCUCAGCACAGCUCCCAGCCAAAUGGAAGUGUCUUUAGCAAUUCACCAAGCCCCGCCCACUCUACCUGCCCGCCUCCCCUCCCCACCCCCGCCAGCCCAGGCCUCCCUAAUAAUCCCAGGAUUAGGUCACAGAAGCCCUAAAUAUCGCCCCCGUGUAAGCUCCUUUGUGGAUUGUUGGGUAAGCAGGUUCCAAUAAAUGCAAGAGGAGCCGGGCA